AAUUUUAUAGUUUUAAAAUGGAGAUUUUCAGAAAUAGAUGUUAUUCCAAGUGCGGCUCGUGUACGCAUGUGGAACCUUCCAAGGAAGAAGAACAUCCACAGAGACCUGUGUUUGGCUUUCAAAGGGUUCUCUGGCAUUGUUAAUAUAAUCCCAGCAGUUACUGGGAACCAAAAGACCAGGGAUCCUAUCUGCAAGGGUUUUGCAUUCCUUGACUUUGAGUCUGAGGAAGCUGCAAACAGGUUUGUACAGAAGUAUUCCACAACACAUGUGCUUUUUGGGAAGGUACAGAAGCAGAUUACUUGUGUUGUCAUAAACUCACAUGGAUCUUUUAACACUUCUGAGGAGUCAGUAGAUGGCAUUCAGACAUUCUCUCAGCCGAAAGUUACUGACCUGGGAGUUGAGGUUCCUACACGAUCUGAUAUUAAUAAACUUUCACAGAAUUCUUGUGGUGAAACUAUUGACAUAGCAGUAGUUGACAAAACUGGACAAGAAUCUGUAUUGAUUGAGAAUGGCACAGAUGGUCCGCUGUCUCAUUUCAAAGCAGUAGAAACUGGCAUUCAUCAUUCGGACACUUCCCCUUCAUAUGAUGUGGAAAAAGGGUGCGACAAAAAUGCAGACACAUUGGAUUCAAAUCUUUCUACUCCAUUGCAAAGACGAAGGAAACAAAAAGAUUCAAAGAAGAAAACAAUCAAGAAAAUAUCCGUGAAGACGUCAAAUUUGAGCCUCCCCGGUUCCGUGACCAGGUUAAAGGUCAAGGAGAGGGCCGUCCUCACCGGUGUUUUAUCCAAGUAUGGAGGAAAGGUUGCUGUACCUUUAUCAAAGGAGAGCUGAUUCACAGCAUUCAACUGCUCCUGUGUUACAUCAUCAAUGGCUCUGAAGGAACCACUAGUUAGUGCAUCAGUGGUGUGACAAGGAAACCUAAUGUUGUUUUAGGGUGGAUUAACCCACUCUAGUUGUAACAUGGUUUAUGUACCCUUAAAGCUUUUUGCAUACCACUAAUUUUUGGCAUUUAUUUUUGGUACAUAAUUUUUGCAAUUUAUGGCAAAGAGAUUUUAACUAAA